GCCAGCCCACGUUACAAAGGGUUCAAUGUACAUUAAGGCAGAGCGUUACUGGUAACGCUAGUAAUAAAGAGAUAUAAAUGAUCUUUAAGGUUACAGAGUGAAUGACCGACCAUUGUCAUCCUGAGUGACGUUAAGCCUUCUACACUCCGAGUGGUUUCUUGUAUCGUCGAGUGGUUGUUCGCAUAGUCGAGUGUCUUCUAUACUGUCGAGUGGAACAUAGCUUCACGGUCGAGUGGAUGAUGAUUUUGCUUCGACCGCUUCUGGUUCCUUUAGAGAUGUCCUUGGGGAGGGUAUCUUGAACAGAUCCAUGACCCUACCCUAGGUACAUAGCUUCAUCAGACCAUACUACACCGUGACUCCAUGGAAAAGCAAAAGCAAGCAAAUUUCUACAAGUUCAUGCAUGCAACUGCAGAGUCACAAGACAAGGGAUAAAGAUAGUAGCCUAUAGCUCCUUUAUCAAUUUUCUUUUCAAACUUAUGAGGGUCUAACAAUAUUGAAGAAGUAAGGAGCACGGGUAGGUACAGAGUCAAACAUAUGCACCGUUUCUGCAUGAAGAAGGCCACAUGGUAUGCAUGAGUCAACCGCAGAUCAUUCUAGUUACUUGUUGCAUUUCAAAAUUUCCUACUACAAAAUAGACAGAAAACAAUAAUCUCGCUGAGUCUUCGUUUGACUGAACAUUGGUGCUGCACUCUGUCCUAUUUAUACCUGCUCUAGCUACGUAAUUAAACAGAUGAGCAGAGGUAGGGACUAGCUAGCACCUAUCGCGCGAUCAGCAUGAACUUAGUACCACCAAUCAAGCCACAACAACACUUCCAGUGCCGAUCAUCACACGCGGCCGCGGCUCUCCAUCUGCUACUUCUUGCUGUCGCACUGGCGAUGGCGAGCGGCACCGCGAGGGCACACGCCGUCCACGCGCCGUGCUGCAACCUGCUCCAGGGGGUGAACCUGGUGCCGUGCCUGGGGAUGGCGACGUCCGGCGGCGGCGCCGUGAACAUAAGUGCCGCCUGCUGCUCGUCGCUGAACCAGGCGCUCGACGCCGGCCGCCGCUGCCUGUGCUCGCUGCCGCUGGCCAACGGCGUGCUCGCCGGCCUCAUCGCCACCCUCAUCCCCACGCUCCCCAUGGUGCUGCCGCUGCCCGGGUGCUACCUCUACGCGCCUCCUCUGGCGACCUGCCAAGUGACGUUGCUGCAGACGGAUUAUGAUGCGCCGCCGGCGUCGCCAUCUGUGACUGCGAGCGUGGGGGAUGCUGGUGGUGGCGCGGUGGAUCCGCCGCCACCACCAACCGCGGUAAUGCCGCCGUGGAAGAAUGCUAGUGCGGCUGGGACGAAGGAUGGUGGGACGACGGACAGGAGCGCCGGCAAUGGAUCUAGGGAGGCUAGGGAGGAGCAGAGCGUUAGAAGGAGCGACGCGUGCCGGCGGCCCGGCGUUGGUGAGGGUAGGAUGUACAUGCUGAUCUUUGCGGUGGUCAUGGCUGUAUUUUUGUUCGAUUAAGUUGCCUGUCCAUGGUUUCAUAGGAUUAAUGAUAGAUUAAUCUGAAUGACUUGAGCAAUGCAGAACACUACAUGUAAAAUUUGGUGGAAACAUAUGACCCUACAGGCCCUACACACAAAAGCAAACUAAUUUGCACAAUUCCCUACAAAUGUUUUAUGACCCGGAUAUCAAGGGAACA